AUGCGCGACUACUUGGAUUCAGCAGCCGAUGCCAGUGACAAUGCCCUAGCAGCGGACCACGAGAAUCCUGGAGCCACAUAUCAGACGAUUGCCAUUACUGGGCCAUAUUAUUUCUCGGACAAUGACACCACGCUUGAGUAUCAAACUUUCAGUGUGGAUCGGAAUGAUACAAGUGUUAUUGUUGUCACGAAAGAUGCCGAUGUGAACAUGACCCAUAUCGAUGUGGUCAAGAAUGGUUAUUCCUGCAGCCUCAACCAAGCCAGUUUCUUCGGGGCCAACGCAGCCAUGAGUGUAGCCAAUGCAUCGGUGGCGUACAUUGAUCAUUCCAACAUCACCACCCGGAAUGGCGCAGCCAAUCUCUAUGCCUAUGGAAGCGGGACUACAGUCACUAUUACUGACUCCGAUAUUUAUAGCUCCGGUCCCUGUGCCCAUGGGCUCUACGCCUCGGCUAACGGUACGAUCUAUACGUCCAAUGUCCGUCAGUAUUCGGGUGGUAUUCGCAGCUCGGCCUUUGCCGGGGACGGACGGCUGGAUAUCUGUACAUCCGUGACUCGGUGGCCCACACGGCUGAGCGAGGAAGUGCCAUCUUCUACAGCCUCGGGGAGUCUUAUGGUACCAACGUGA